AGUGCCGUUUUAAGUAUCGCGCGAUUUUCGUAUUCAGGUACGCAUGCGAGCAAUGCAUGCGCCGCGAACGCGUGUGAUUCAAUGUGAGUGCUUCGAAGGACUACUGAGAGGAGGAGGAGGCUCAGGAGGAGCAUCGGGCGCCGGCGGAGCAACUUUACGAUCAUCAACUAUGCAGAUCAACAGAAUGACAACUCCGCUGCUGCGCAUCAAUCGAUUGGCUUAUCAGAUGAGCACCAUUCGUAAUGAACAUCAUAGUGAACCGAGAUCAACGUAGACUACAACUCCGCUGUUGCGCUUCAUGUAUCGGUAUAGUCGAGGAAUACGAGGCCCUGCGACCGAUAUACGAAACGGAUGAAUUAAAUGAAUUGAUUCAAUGCGUUAAGGACAUGACGACGCUGAGCGGUCUGACGGACGACGAUUGGACGUGGAAAUGUGACGUGGACGUCCGCGAGUUCUUCCGCGACCCAAGCAUUCCGGUCCUCUGCGUCUAUCACGUGAACGGCAUUCUGACCACAGAAUUUUCAUUUCCUACGACGCCGGUGCACGAGCUAACCUACUUCGUGAGAGAGCCGAACGAGAUUCUCCAUCCGGAGAACUUUCGCGAACGCAUUCUCUUCGGGUCGAUGAACGACAAGGUGGAGAGUCACAUACUGGGCGUUAUCGAGAAUGUGUUUGCGCCGAUUUUCUUCACGAUCGAGACCUGGCCCGACAAUCGAUUGAUAAGGGCCUGUAGUUUCAAUCGACAGCCGUGAUAAAGGAGCUAUGGUGGACCGAUCUCGC